UCCGAACCGAGGGUGAAUUUAAACCUCGUAUUUGUUGUUCCCCCAUGUAUCGCGGUGCUGCAUAUUUUUGUGUGCCCGUAGCAGCGAUAACGAAGAUCAUGGAGGGUGCUUGCCACAAUAGAAAAAUGGAGCUUUCUCCUCGGAAAUGUUGUUAAAAAUAUUAUUUCGAUUCCCAGCUUGUUAUUGAAAGGCUUUCACUAUUUUUUUUUUUUUCCAUACAGGGGAUAUUUAAGAUGUAGGAUUUUUAAUUCUACAGCUUUGCAGGAAAUGAAGAGGUGUAAAGUCUUAUAUGUAAAUAUGAAGGAAAAUCUUGUCUAGAAGAAAGUCAGAAUAAUAUAGAGGUCGUUGUAAGACAUCAAUUAUCAUUCCUGAAGAUGAACUGAAAUUCUAAUGAAUGUGAUGUUUCAUUAUUCUCCAACAAAGUCAUGGUUUGGGCUUGUUUUAAAUAAGCCAUCCUUUCUAGGAUGCCGACUGCCACGUUAUUAUGUAUUGUCUCCAUAGCAGAAAAUAGGAGGAAAGGGCUGUAAAUGUAAGACUUAAGUGAUUAUUGAAACAGCUUUUGGGGAUAGUUGGCUUAAGUUGGAGAGGUGAAUUAAGCCUGAAAAAUUAAACGUUUUGCUGCUGUAAAAUAUCCGCACCUAAUUGUGAGAGAUUUAUCCCCUGUUCUAAGCUGAUCUGCUUAAGGGAAGGAUGUGAAGACAAAAUGCUGUCGAUGUGGAUGUGAAAUACAUGUGAGAAAACAAAGACUAUACAUUAAUACCUAAAUUUGUUCCGAAUGUAAUGUAGUGGGGUUUAUUUUUUCCGUUGUGGGCUUUAGGAGAAGAGAAGGGGUGAUAAUAGCGUAGUUGUUUUGUUGGCUGUAGAUUAGCCAGGGUGUGUGUUUGAUUUUCUUUUUUUGCUGUGAAUGAAUGGAUCUUUCUGUGCCUGGGCCCAAUAGCUGCAACAAGAUGGCGUUUGCAGCAAGGCAGCUCUCAUUUUUCAACUCCUCCUCACCACAGCUUUGCCAAACUAGAUCUUAUUUCUGCCUGCUUAAUACCAUCAAAACGUUCAUGGCUUUUAUUAAGCCUCUUGCUGAAAAACAGUAGUUUAAACCUAGAGCACAGGUAUACAAAAACUGCUGGGGCUGCUUACUGUUGCUGGUUCUCUAUAGCCAGAUUUCUGGUUGUUUCAGAGGUGGCAGUGAGGCACACCUUUAGCACAGGAAAAUGAGUGAGCUUGACCAGUUACGCCAGGAGGCUGAGCAACUGAAAAACCAAAUCAGAGAUGCUAGGAAAGCAUGUGCGGAUGCCACCCUGGCUCAGAUCACAGCCAAUAUUGACCCAGUGGGGAGAAUUCAAAUGCGCACUAGAAGAACACUCCGGGGACACCUGGCUAAAAUUUAUGCAAUGCACUGGGGGACUGAUUCCAGGCUUCUAGUUAGUGCCUCCCAGGAUGGUAAACUUAUAAUUUGGGACAGCUAUACUACAAACAAGGUGCAUGCCAUUCCCCUGCGUUCAUCUUGGGUCAUGACUUGUGCAUAUGCUCCUUCUGGAAAUUAUGUGGCUUGUGGUGGUCUUGAUAACAUCUGUUCCAUUUAUAACUUGAAAACUCGUGAAGGGAAUGUACGUGUCAGCCGUGAACUAGCUGGUCACACAGGAUACUUGUCGUGCUGUCGCUUCUUGGAUGAUAAUCAAAUUGUCACCAGCUCUGGCGACACUACUUGUGCUCUCUGGGACAUAGAAACUGGUCAGCAGACAACUACAUUUACUGGGCACACUGGAGAUGUCAUGAGUUUGUCUCUUGCUCCUGAUGCCCGGUGUUUUGUUUCUGGUGCCUGUGAUGCCUCUGCCAAACUGUGGGAUGUUAGAGAAGGAAUGUGUCGGCAAACCUUCACUGGCCACGAGUCGGACAUCAAUGCCAUCUGUUUCUUCCCAAAUGGCAAUGCAUUUGCCACAGGCUCAGAUGAUGCUACAUGCAGGCUUUUUGAUCUUCGGGCUGAUCAGGAACUUAUGGUUUAUUCACACGAUAACAUCAUUUGUGGCAUCACCUCUGUAGCAUUUUCCAAGAGCGGACGUCUCCUCUUAGCUGGUUAUGAUGACUUCAACUGCAAUGUCUGGGACACGCUGAAAGCUGAUAGAGCAGGUGUCCUUGCUGGUCAUGAUAACCGUGUCAGUUGCUUAGGUGUGACUGAUGAUGGUAUGGCAGUGGCAACAGGAUCAUGGGACAGCUUCCUCAAGAUCUGGAACUGAAGUAGAGUGGUGGACUCCAUGACUGGAAGAAGUUUCCAACGGUUGAAAAUUAAAAAUGAUAGCAUAUCCAAUCCAACCAUACUAACUUGGACCCCCAUCCUCCCAACUUCAAAGGGCAAGGUCUUUUCCAUCUCCUGUUGCUGAAAUGAAGAGCACAAUUACCUUUCCAAGAAGAAUUUCUGUGUUGUAAGCAAAAUGAAGUUGUGCAUUCCUUCUGGGACCAUUUUUUUUUUUUUUUCUGUCUUGAGAAUUAAAAAAUGAAACACUAUCAUAAAAGCAUGACCAGAAAAUAAACUUGAGCAUAAUUGUGAAACAGUUAGCUUUCACUGUAGUUUCCAAGUUGAGGUUAAGGACUUUAUCUCGCACACCUGCAAAUUUUAAAGUCAUGUUUGUAGCAGGAUUUUUUUCAAGUUUCCUUUUUAAAUACAUUUCUUUAUGUAUUUAAUUGAGCAAACCAAGGGAGUCCUAGCCCAGAGCAUCUGGGGGUUGUUAACGCUGUAAAUUUAGUCCCUAAUUUUUUUAUUUUCUAGUAUCACAGAUAAUUGUUGCACAAAACUUGGCAUAUAUAGGAUAAUGUUAAGCAGUAAGGUAACCAAGCACAUGCUGUAAAAGGUAAUGAAUGCUUGUUUAAAGAAUCCUUUCACCUUUUAUGGAUAACAAAUGCAAUUCUUGGUCCCUCCUGCCCCCCCCUCCCCUCCCCUCCCCCCCGUUCCUCCCCUUUUUCAUCACAUUUUUUUUUUUUUUUUAAUCUCUUUUGGUUUUGUCCACUUGAAAGGGCAGUUUAUAUAUCCUUAACACUAUCCUAUAAGUCUCAUCAACCAGGAAUCUCUGUUUUCAAAAGAGACCUAUCCUACACUUGGGUAUUGAGUCAAUUCUUUGUGUAUGAAAUGAUGUACAAAUCAAUGUUUUGAAAAUAAUGAUCUUGAACUUUCUAAGUUAAACAAAAAAAAAAAAAACCUUUUUUGAUUGUUUGCCAUAUUGGGUGGGUUUACUCUUAGAAUCGCAUGCUGUAGAAAUGCUAAAAAGUGCAUAUUGGACUAAGUCCUUAGAUGUUUUUUCUUUGAAGAAAUAACCUGUUUAAAAACUGUAACCAUUGUCGCUGUAUUCAUUUAUUGUUGCUACUCUGUGCAUAAGUCUCUGAAGAACUCAAGUACAAGCUAUGCACGUUUUGGAGUAGCCUGAUAAGUCACUUCCCCCUCCCCCCCCCUUUUAGUUUUAAAGAAACAGCCUGUUCAAACAAUCGCUGUCAAAGAUUCUGGGGUGUGGGAGGAGGGAACUUAGACCAUCUUCUUUAUAAAUCAGAUCCUUACAGCCAGUUCCUCUUGUAGGAUGAGUCCUUUGCAUCUGAUCAGAGUCAUUUUUGUAAUGAGCAGGUUUUCCUGGCUUUCUUUUCAAAUAAAAUGUUAAAAGCAGCAGUGUUUGGACAGCAGAUUGUUCUGUUAAACUUUCCUAUCUUCUCACUGUAUCCAGAAAUGCUCCUUCCUAGCAGCAGUAGUAGCUUUUCUCGAUUUUGUUUUUUCUGCAACAUUCUGUACAAAAAUGUGCUGUAAUUGUGCGUUAGGCCUGGAUUUGGCAUAAAAGAUGAAUUCCCUCUUACUCUCUUUCAUGAAACUACUCUGUAGAGCUUUCUCCACGCCCUGUAUCCCUCUUCACCUUUUGUAUUUAAUUUUAAAGUCAGUGUACUUCAAGAAAGCUGGAUGCAAGAUAGAUACUAUAUUAAAAUGUAAUGUUAUUUAAGAUGUAAUAAAGCAGUUUGACAUGAGUUUUGA